GCGUUCCGAUUAUCUUCAUCAAAAUUGUACAACAAACGUGGACCAAGCUGGUUUGACCUCUUCUUCAACAAGCUAAAUAAUAAUAAGCAAAGACUUGUACUCUGAGAAGAUUUCAACAAGAAGCUACAAUUUGUAAAUUUAUGAAUCUGUACAUAUUACUUUGUAAAUAAUAAUAAUUAUAUAAUAUGAGUCAACAAGGCAAUAAUAAUAACAAUUUAUAUCCAACUCCUUCUCCAGAAGAGUUGUUAGAAUAUCUAUCGAGGGAAGUUGAAUUGGUCAAUACAAAGAUUAAUCAAACAAACCAACAACAACAAACUUCAACUAAUAACAAUCAUACAACUAACAAAACUACAAACUCUGCAAAUAAUAACAAUAACACAUCAUCUCAUAAUAAUAACAAUGGCGGAAGACCUUCUGCUACCAUUCCUAAACCAUCACUAGACUUUGAUUCAGACUCUGAUGAAGAAUCACUUCUUGGUAAUAACAAUAGAAAGAGUAAUAGUCUCCUCGUUAAAAAGUACACUUAUGAAUUCCAUCAAAAUCGUCCAUGUAGAGAUAUUCUCUUCCUUAUUGUGUUUAUCCUCUUCUGUAUUGGUAUGAUUGCUAUUGCUUUGGAGGCUAUAGUAAAGAGAAGAGAGUACAUUUCAGCACAAUUGAAGGAACAUAAUCAAGGGGCAGAGAUGAAUCUUUUAAAAGCCAGUGUUGCCGACCUUCUUACUUCCUCUGUAAAUAGUAACAACAACAAUCCAUCAUCAUUAGACGACAAUAUUUCAUUCUUUAAUUACUUUAUUCCAUCAAAGAGGGAAAUGACACGUUUCUUCUAUCCGAUUGAUUAUUUGGGAAGAGCUUGUGGUGUUGAUUAUUCUAAAGAUGAUGGAUCUCUCGAUAGUUUAUCUAUUCAAAAUAGAGCACUUCAAUUUGCUGAUUCUAUGGUUGAUAAAAACUAUUGGAAGGAAGAUCUUUCAUCACGUAAAUAUUUGUGGAUUAUGAAUGAAAAGGAUGCAUUCUUUGGAAAGGAAAAGUAUGACCUUGCCAAAUCAACAGUACCAUUUGAAACUUGGAUUAAACAUGGAGGUAUUUGUGUGGAGAGUUGCCCAAGUGCUGUCAAGACUAUUGAUAAUUCAAAGAAUUUGAACAAUAAGGACCUUGAUGUUCGUGAUGAAUUCUCAUCUCAAUCAACAGAAAGUUUGUCAUUUGUAUCGGAUGAAUGCCCUCUCUCCUUGAGAAAAACCUGGUUCGAUAAGACUGAAAUUACCGAACAAGUUAAAAAGAUUGUAGGAAAUGAAACCAUUACAGAAAAUGUCACCAAAGUCAUUAUCAAAAAGAAGAACUUGUGUGCUGCUAAACGUUUCUUCCUCUCCAAGGAAAAGAAAGCAGAACCUGUCUAUUUCGAAGUUCCUCAAGAUCAAACCUACUUUUCAGUGAUGGGACGUUGCAUUCCUACACCGUCUUCAUUUGCAUUCUUUGAACAAGCAGCUAAUUUGGCUAAAUUGCAAAACAAUUUGAAUACCAAGUCCAGUCUUCAAACAAUUUCAGGUUUCGAAAUGACUGAAGAAAUGUUUGAACAACAAAAGUCAGCCCUCUCCAAUUUGAUACGACAUAUUACUACUAUAUCACCUGCUUCAUAUUUCAGUGCAACUAUUGGUCCUUAUAUUGAUAAUUUACCAACCAUUUCAAAUAUUGGAAAGGAAAUUAAUAUUCAAGAAUUAUCUGGUUUGAUGCCUUCCUUCUUGGAAAAGUUUAUCAUUAAGAGUGUUACCAUGUUGUAUAAUAGUUGGAAAAUUAUUCUCAUCUCAGUUACAAUUACUGCUGCUGUAUCAUUUAUUACAGUUGUCUUGUUGAGGGUAUUGGCCAAGCCUUUGAUUUAUGGUACCGUUGCCCUACUCAUUCUUGCAUGGUUCUCCUUGUCCAUCAUGUUACUUGUUGAAGGAGGAUCUGAUCUACAUUUCAAUGUAUCUGGCUCAUCAAGAUGGUCCCAGAAAUUCUCUUCCACUAUUGCUGAUUUAACUUGGGAAAAUUCUCUCUACUUGGGCAGUGGUUUAUUCUUACUCUUUACAAAUUUGUUGUUCACAUUUAUUUUCUGGAAUUAUUGGAAAAAGACAUUAUCCAGAUCAGUUUCUAUCAUUAAGGAGAGUGCCAUGAUUAUUACGACAGUGCCUCAAAUGUUUACAGUACUGCCUAUUGCAAUCUUUAUUGGAGGCAUUAUUUUCUGUGUUUGGUGGUUCUGUGUUGUUGCCCUCUUGCUCACCAAUGAACUGACAGCCGCUGGAAUUACAGAUGCUUCAUCUUUGGCUGGAAAAGUUACAAGUAAUAUUGCCACAGGUAAUACCCUUACUGAAAAGAUGCAAUCACUCUCCAAUCCAACAAGCUUUAUUUUAACUUUGCAGUCCCAUCUCUUGAAAGGAUGGUUUGCAUACUACUUGCUUGGUUUCUUCUGGAUUACUCAAUUCUUGUUGAGUUUUGUUACUAUUGUUGUUGCUCGUGUUACCUCUACCUUCUAUUUCAAGUUUGGAAACGUUUCUGGAACUAUAACAGCAGCAAGAAGAGGUGAAUCAAGCUCUGCAAUAUUUGACAGCUAUGAAAAGACGCUCAUGUGUCUAAAGCUUCCAGUUCUUCAAGCUUCAUUAUUUGUCAUGUACUACAAUGCAGGAAGUAUUGCACUUGCUAGUUUAUUUGUUGGACUUGUGAAAUAUUUGAUACUGGUUAUCAAGACAUCCCUUUCCUUGAUGGGAUAUCAAAGUGAAAAGAGCACUGUUGAACAAGCAGUUGAGAGUCAAUUCUUUAUUGUUAGAUUUAUUAACAAUUUUAGAAAUAAUUUCUUAACAAGAUUUAUCCAUAGAAUUCUAUUUGUUAUUCUCAAGUACAUUGAAAAAUUCAUGGAAUUCUUUGCUAGAAACAGUUUGAUUCACUGUGCCAUUUUUGGUACAACAUUCUUCCACUCCUCACUCAGUUCUACCAAGCUGAUGCGUAAGAAUAUUACAUUUAUUGCAGUUCUGGAAUGGAUUACCGAUUGGAUCAUGUUUUGUAUGAAAAUGUUAGUCGCCAUUAUUAGUGUUGCUGUGGCUUAUAUUAUCAUUCAUGCCCAAGAUAAAUCACUUGAGGAAUUCACAAGUGUUGUUGGAAAGAUAACCAAUGCCUACAAUGAACAAGGUAAUUAUGGCUUGUUUGAAAUUGUCUUUUCAGGAAAGGAAUGGCUUGAUGUGAAUCAUAGCUUUAUGUUGCUGGUUAUUGUUUUUGCUAUGAGUGUACUUGUCAGCUCAUUGUUUAUUACAAUUUUCCAAACUGUUAUUGAUACAGUAUUGCAAUGCUAUUUAAUUGAUUUGGAAAUGUACAGAAGAAGUGGAAGAUCUUCUGCUGGAGAGAAUGGAAGAAUCAGCAGUACCGAAAUGAUUCAAAUUAUGGAACAGGAAAAGGAACUCAAUUAUCAAUGGCUAGAUGAUCAUGAAACAAAUAUGUAAAAGGUAUAAAAAUAUUUUU